UUCCCGACCCGACCCGACACCGACCGACCGAGCCCUCGCCGCGCGCCGCGCCGAUGCCGCAAGCCUCCUCCUCCUCCUCGCCGGCGACGGCGGCGGCGCCGCCUCCGCCGCAGCCUGCGGCGGACCCUUCUCCGUCGGCUGUGCCAGCUUCGGAGGAGGCGCUGGACCCGCAGACGCCGGCGCCGCCGCCGCAGGCGCAGCCGGAGGCCGUGCUGACCGCCGCGCAGAAGGCGCUCCGCUCCAAGCCGACGAGGCCGCCCGAAGACUCCGACAAGAAGAAUAAAAAACUCAAGGAUGUGGAGAUCAGUUUCCCAAUUGUCUAUGGAACCAUUUCUUUCUGGCUUGGCAAGAAGGCAAGCGAGUACAACUCUCACAAAUGGACUGUGUAUGUUCGCUCUGCAACAAAUGAGGAUUUAAGUGUGAUAGUUAAGCGUGUGGUGUUUCAACUUCACCCGAGUUUCACUAAUCCAACAAGAGUUGUAGAGCAACCACCUUUCGAGUUGUCUGAAUCUGGCUGGGGAGAAUUUGAAAUUGCAAUAACCCUUUAUUUCCACAGUGACGUGUGUGAAAAGCGUCUGGAUUUGUUUCAUCAACUUAAACUGUAUCCAGAAGAGGACACUGGACCACAAUCAACUAAAAAGCCUGUUGUCGUGGAAACGUACGAUGAAAUUGUCUUCCCUGAGCCCACUGAGGCCUUUUUCCAACGAGUACAAAAUCAUCCAGCUGCUACUGUGCCUAGGUUGCCUCCUGGUAUAACCUUGCCUCCUCCAGGCCCUAUGGAACUUGUGCCACAUGAAAAGAAGCGUGGUGACACUAAGGAUCAUCCUUUGAGCCAGUGGUUCUCAAAUUUCUCUGAAGCUGAUGAACUAUUAAAACUGGCUGCUGCUCGGCAACAGGUGCAAGCUCACAUAGCUAAGCUGAGAAGGCAAUUAAGCAUGAUAGAUGGAAUGCCUCAGCAAUCCAAAGCUGUUUCUGUUCAAGGCCAACAAUUUGGGCACGGCUAAUUUGCUACAAGUGCUGUCAUAAGGAAGAUGUUGGGAUCUGAUAACAACGCUCUAACUAGAUGAUAACAAGUGUAUCACUGUAUUUCCAUUGUAGCUGUUGCCUUAGCCCUUGGGCUUGCAAUUAAUGUACUAACAAGCAGUGUCAUUGUGCAUAUAUUCUACUAUGAUUUCAUUCAUCUUAUGAGAACACCUACUUCUCUGAUUGGCCCUUUUACUCCAUACUGAAAGGGCUCAUCUAAGCUGUUAAUUUUUGCCCUGCUAUAUUAUGGACAUUCUAGAACAAGUACGAUUGCUUAGUUUAA